AUGUCUGAUACAAUUUCAAUAACUAUUAAGUCUUCAGGAGACACUAAGUAUGAAGUUACAGUAUCACCAACAAUAACCGUUCUCGAAUUGAAGAAUGAAAUUGCAGAUAAGUCAUCCGUUCCGGCAGAUCGCCAGAGAUUGAUUUACUCAGGAAAAGUUUUGAAAGAUACAGAGACAGUUGCUUCGUACAAGGUGCAAAGUGGACAUACGAUCCAUCUUGUCAAAAGCGCCGGCCCUAAAACAAAUGAUACAGAUAACAGAGGAGCCGCCUCCACAAACACUACUAGAACCGAGACCGAAUCGACCGGUAAUAACAGUGGCGUUCCAUCAAAUAUUGCAGCAGGCCAAGGUUCAUUUAAUCCUUUAGCAGAUUUAACUGGUGCACGUUAUGCUGGGUACACUCAAUUGCCUUCAGCAUCAAUGUUUGGUCCUGAUGGAGGCAUGAAUUCCGCCAUGCCAGAUCCAGACCAGAUGUCGGAAAUGAUGUCCAAUCCUAUGUUCCAAGAAAGCAUGAAUUCAAUGUUGUCAAAUCCUCAAAUGUUAGAUUAUAUGAUAAAUCAAUCUCCUCAAUUGAGAGCUAUGGGUCCACAGGCGAGAGAAAUGUUACAAAGUCCGCUUUUUAGGCAAAUGAUGUCGAACCCGGAAAUGAUGAGAUCUAUGAUGCAAAUGGGCAGAGGAGGAGCAGGCGGUUUCCCAAGCUUUGGUGGUCAAGAGGGAGCCGGCGCUUUCCCUGCACCAGGUGCCAACCCAACGGUUGAUUCUAACGACAAUACUAAUUCUAACGUUAAUACCACUGGUUCUACCAACGAUAAUGCCAAUGCUAGUGGAAAUGCCCCUGCUAAUCCAUUCGCUUCUAUGUUUCCGGGAGGGAUGCCCCCAAUGGACCCAUUCUCUUUACUAGGUGGAGCUGGUGCAGGUCAAACUGCUCCGCAAGAUAACCGUCCACCUGAAGAGAGAUACGAAGAACAAUUAAGGCAAUUAAACGAUAUGGGUUUUUUUGACUUUGAUAGAAAUGUUGCUGCUUUGAGAAGAAGUGGAGGUAGUGUUCAAGGUGCUGUUGAAUAUCUUUUGUCUAGUAUUUAG